CAUCUAUUUGCAACUAUCUCUUACUUUCUGUAAUUAACUGCAUUGCAAUUAUUAUUGUCUAGCUUAAUCUAAAAUUGAUAGUCUAUUUUGUAAAAUAUAGAGUUUUUUUUAUUCGAUCCUUAAGUGUUACAUCACACUCUGAAAUUUCAUAGUAGCUCAAAGGUAAAUUUGAGCAUAUGAGAAAGCUUCCAAUAUCGAUGGCUCAAGGAAGUUCUGGAUGAUAGAUAGCACUAUGAGGACUAAAAAUAUACAUCACUAGGACUAAAAAUAACAUUGCAUUUCAUAUCAGAUGUUGGAUUUUUCCAAACUGCAAGUUAGAUUUAAAGGUAGACAAAUAAAAGACUUUAGAUUCUUUGUCAAACAACCUAAGAUUCCUACACCCUGUUUGGUAUUCCAUCUCCACUUACUAUCACUACAUUCCCCAAAUUCAGUUUUACAUUUCUGAUCAGAUUCGAGUCACUAAUCAUGUGAUGAGAUGCUCUUGAAUAUACAAUCAAUGGUUUCCAGAUGUUUGAUGCAUGAAAUGAGUAACCAAAUACUUUACCAGAAUUCUACUUAAUGAGUUUGAUAAGUGCAUCAAGGUAUGACUUCCUCACCAUCUCAUAUUGAUUAGUUACCAAGGAACCAUGAGUUUUUACCAAGGCCUCCCACAUUGAAUUGUGUCGAAGGACCAGCCUACCCGGAUAUUUCAUCAGAGAGUGAUCAUACACCCACAUCUUCCUAUCUUCCUGCUUGCUCGUUCCUUUGUUGGCAGUCACAAGCUCUCCCUUUCCACCAAAGAGUUCAGGUCAUUCCAGGUAAGGCUAAGAAAAAGCAGGAGAACAAAGACAUUGUUUUGUUCUCGCCUCUCAUUAAGUAUAUCCAUAUAAACAUAGCUUGGCCUCAACAUCUCAAACUCAGCCCAUAGGGGCCAUAGGGCUCUGAACUUUCCAAAAUAUUGGGUAAACACCAUGUUCUGUUGGCUCAGAUUGUUGAUAGCUUUCUUCACUUCAAAGACUUGGAUCAGGUUUUAGAGAUGUUCCCAUACACCUACUGAAGAAACUCUCAAAUAUCCUUUGCGGUUUCACAAUAGGAAUAAGCCUCAAAUGUUUCAAAAGAGUUUUGAAUGAUUAACAUAACAUUUUGGUCCUCUUGGAACCACUUGUUUUUAUCCAUUUGGACAAUUUCCUUGUCGUCUUUGCUGAACCGUCUCCUUUGGAACUUAAUUCUUUGUGACAAGACUUCAUAACCCACGGCUGCAACGCUAUCUACGUCAUUUUAGAUCAUAGAAAAGAAUUUACCCCUUAAGGAUCAAUGGAACAACCACUACUCUUGAGUUUUCAGUGGUAAGAUUUGAGAAGAAGAGAAGAAACAUAUUUAAUUCAGAAGAAAUAAAGAGAACAUGAGCUUAUCACUUUGAUACCGUGUAAGAAUAUGAAAUUUAUAAUGAUGAGAAUGAUAAAGAACAAUAAAAAGAUUAAGAAAAUAGAAAGAAGAAAAGUAGAAAAAGAAACUUAAUUCUCUUAACAUAUACUUGUGAUUACAGUGGUUUAUAUAAAGAGAUUUGACAUACUAAAAAAAACUAAGCAUUCUUAACUUACUAAAGAAACUAAUAUAUAUAUAUAUUAAAAGAUACAUAAAAUAUUCUUAAUAUUUCAGUGCUUUUAGUUUCUUAAAUCCAUCCCUAGAUAUGGAUUCGUUACACGGCCUGCAAUCCGCCAUAAGUUAGCAACGGGUGAUAGAACAUGUCUCAGGGGUAUAUUGACAACAAUUUUAUAAUUUUUAUCAUGUAGAGAAUAAAAUGAGACAAGAGAGUAUUUUUAUGUCUGUCCUUCCCCUUAUAUGUUAUGUACAAUUAUUUGUAAUUAGUUACUUGGUAACAUGAUCACCCGGACUAAAAUAGAACACUUCAAUCAUGUUGGGAUUUUUUAAUCCAUGUCCAACUCUAUUGUCUGAUUAGUACAAUAUUGUCAAUUUUAGAUCUAAGAGACUUUUGGGCUCUUUCCCAAAAAACCUCGUAUAUUAGAUAUUAUUUCUCUAAACUUUCAAUGUGGGACUUUAAUUGACAUCUCUCAUUCUCCCCCUCAAGCCAAAGACCACACGCCUUGUGUUCUUUCCUCUAGUGAAUUAUCUUCCUGCCAUAUACCUCCCAUUUCUACUCUAUGGAUAUUUUGGUCUUCUUGCAGGUUUUCAUCAUCUUGCUCUGAUACCAAUUGUUGAAAUUUAUUUAGCCGAUGCCCAAUUCUUUAUUGUCUGAUUAGUACGAUAUUGUUUAAUUUGGGCUUGAGAAAUACGUCCGCAUAGAUUUACUUAUAAGGUUUUUUUCCUAAAGAUUUUAUACUAAUCAGAGUUGGAUUUCUUGUUAUAUAUCAUAUAUUAUUUGUCUAAACUUCUACUGUGGAACUUUGAUUUACAUCUCAAAUAUCAGUCAUGUGAAACCGAGCCAAAAGUCGGAGGGUACUCUCGUAGAAAUUGCAUUCCAAGUUGUUAUCUAUAGCAUUUCGAAAGAAAGAAACAAAAGGCGAUAUCAACAACAAAGCACCACCCCUCUUCGACUGGUCAAUGUUGUUGAUGAGAAUUUGGAGUCAAAUCACAUCUGUUACCACAGAUCAAGAUGAAUGUAAGUGUAGAUUUUGAAUGAGUUUUAGAAGUUAACAUGAGAUGAUAAAGUUGCAGACCCAAAGUGUUGAGAAGUUCAAGAACAUCCUGGCGUACGAUAUAUACUAGGUGAAAGUACCAGAUGGAGUCACCAGAAGUGAAUGUUGGUUGGAUGAUGUGAGUGAAGAUGCAUAGUUCACGUGAGUGGAGAUGCAAAGUUCUGACAUACAUCUUGUAUCAGUUGGAAGUGCAGCAUGAUCUACAUCAAAAUUGAAGAAUGACAAAAUCAAUCUGGAGCUAAAUUGUUGGUUUGGAGAUUGGAUCUGGAGCAGAGCUGGAGCUAAACUAAAGGUUACUUGAAGGCUAAGCAACCGGAGAUUUAACUUGAAGAAGGGAGAUUUAUUGAGAGAAUAUUUCGAAAAAACUUUGUACAAGAUUUGGAAAUAUUCCAUAAAGGAAGAUUGAGAAUAUAUCUUCCUUGUAGAGUUGACUAGUAUCAUCCACGAAACUACUAAGUAUAAGUAGGUUGUGUUGAGCUUUGUAUGAGCUUAUCACAGAGAAAGUAUUUUAGUUAAAAAGGGUUCAGAACUUGAUAGGUGAGUGAAACACAAAGGGCUAAAUGAGAGAAGUUCUAAGGUUUUGUUUUUCUGUUUAAUCUUGUAAGUUCACUUUGAAAAAAAUCUAGUGAUCCAUAACAAUGUUAAGCCGGUCCUGUCUGCGUGAGAUCUAUCUUGCACUCACAAUGAAGUCCCCUGCAUGCUGCAUAAGUGGACAGCGGCUGACAACUAUCCUGAGCAGAAGAUCUCUUUUGCUCUAUUGUUUUGAUAUUCUGUUUUUCAUAUCGUUUUUAGAUGCUAUGUUUUUUUUACUAGUUUUGUCCUGCUAGUGGUUUCAGUGCCUUGCUCAGACCUGUAGGAUCCUAAGUCAAUUUAAAAAAAAAGAAUUGUAUAUGUAUAAUUUCUUAAAAAUAUAUAUAUAUACAAGCAAACACUACAUAAAACUUGAAUAUCCACUAAGCACUGCCUGAUUGGUUUGAUCAAAGCCGUAACUGAAAUUGACUGGUUUCUGUAGAAAAAAGUGUCAUCCAUUGUUAAAUAAAAGUGAAGUAGAGACCGUUGGAUUAGUUUUAUCCAUUCAUAUAAGGUAAAGACAGCAAACAAAAGGAAAUUAUCCAUUGAAAUUGUUUAAAAUAAAACACAGAUUACACUUAUUGCUUCCACUUUCCAUUAUCUAAAAUAUUCCAAAUAUUUAUCAUAGAAUAGUCCUCUAGUGACGAACAUUAAUUAUAACAUAAUCCAUGUUGGUGGAAAAAGAAUAAAAAAGCAAAACUAUAACUGUAACAAACAAAUAAAUAAACUAUAACUGAAACAGAUAUCUAUGUUUUGACUUUCUUUUUUCUGGUUCCUAGACGUUCUGAUAUUUUCUCUUCCUGUCUCCUGAUACAAAUCCGUAUAACAAUGGCGCAACAUAUCCUGAAUCAGCGUCCAAUCUCAAGACGUCCUAUCUCUCGCCUUUGUCGCCAUGGUUUCUUUCUCCUCCCUCUCGCUCUACUUGUUCUCCUCGGUGUAGUCUUACCUUGGUUAGGAUCUCCCUUAUCAUACAAUACCUCCUCUUCUCCUUCUUUUCCUCCCUCACUCUCCUAUUGGCGCGAAUAUUCCUUGACUCAAGCCACCAAAUUUGUCGCUAAGAAUGAGUCGACGGUGAUCGUCUGCACUGUAAGCUAUCCUUUCUUGCCUUUUCUCAACAACUGGUUGAUUAGUGUUUCUAGACAGAAUCAUCAAGAAAAUGUUCUUGUGAUCGCUGAAGAUUACGCUACUUUGUACAAAGUCAACGAGAAAUGGCCUGGUCAUGCCGUUCUUAUCCCUCCAGCGUUGGGUUCUCAAACCGCACAACAUUUCGGUUCCAAGGGUUUCUUCAAGUUUACAUCUCGGAGGCCACAACAUCUCUUGGACAUUUUGGAGCUAGGUUACAAUGUAAUGUACAACGAUGUUGAUAUGGUUUGGCUGCAAGAUCCAUUUCAGUAUUUAGAUGGAAGCCACGACGCAUACUUCAUGGAUGAUUUGACUGAAAUUAAGCCUUUGAAUCACUCCCACGAUUUACCACCUCCAAAUCGAAAAGGAGCCACUUAUAUAUGUAGCUGCAUGAUUUUCUUGCGUCCCACCAAUGGUGCAAAGCUUCUAAUGAAUAAAUGGAUCGAGGAACUUGGUUCCCUAUUUUGGGCUAAACCUAAAGAAGGAAAUGAUCAACCUGCUUUUAACUGGGCACUUAACAAAACAGCUCAUGAGGUAGAUAUUUACUUACUUCCGCAAACAGCUUUUCCAUCAGGGGGAUUGUUCUUCACGAACGAGACAUGGGUUAAAGAGACAAAAGGGAAACAUGCCAUAGUCCACAAUAACUACAUUAUCGGUUACGACGAAAAGUUGAAACGUUUCCGCGAUUUUGGUCUAUGGCUAGUCGAUGAUCAUGCUCUUGAGUCGCCAUUAGGAAAAUUAUAAUGAAUUGGAAAACGCAAAAAUAUUUAUUUGUUUUCUCUCUAUUUUCUUCUUGUUAUCUUGAGAUUAAAACUAAUUUCAAUUUUUUGCAUCAAAGUAAAAGUAAUUUAUGUACUGAUUCUUUUGUGUAUAAUAACUGUCUAAUGAUUCUUUAACAUAAGAGAAAACAAAUUG